UCCGCACUUCGGUCUGCACUUCGGUCUGCAGGUACGAUAUGGACCCAGCAGAUCCUGGUCCAGGUGGUGGAGGCGGCCUACCCUGAGAGUAGUGGCACCGACCAGAGCUCCACCAACCUGGAGAAGAUGCCCUGGCUCGAGUACCCAGACACCCGCCCCGAGCGCCCGCGCCCCGCACCUAGACUCUUCAUCUCCCACCUGCCUCCAAACCUGCUGCCCGCCAGCCUGAACACCAAGAGACCCAAGAUUGUGUACGUGAUGAGAAACCCGAAGGACAACAUGGUGUCCUACUACCACUUCUGUCACGUGUGGAGCAAGCUGGAGACACCCAGCAGCUUCCAGGAUUUCUUCGACCAGUACCUGACAGGGAAAAGUAAGUUAUUGUGACGUGUGGAGCAAGCUGGAGACACCCAGCAGCUUCCAGG